AUGUCUGGAGUUGAAUUUAUCGCUGUUCUUGGAAUUGCUUCCAAUGUCAUAGCAGUUGUGGAUGCUUGCACCAAGAUACAAAAUCGUAUUCAAUCAUAUCGCCAAAACACUGCUUUUCGCGACUUAUCUCUCCAGUUGCCUUUACUUAUCUCGGCCAUCGAAUCUUUGAGAUCUUCUCAAUAUCGUGGUCUUCUAGAUUCUCCGACCGAAAAGGCAUUGGUUCGUGUCCUGGAAGGAUGCCUUCGUCAAUUGCAAACUCUGGAGGGCUUGAUCAAAGACUUGACACCUAGUGACACAGCAUCUAAAUUCCAGAAGACUUGGAAAGGAAUCAGAAGUUUUGGCAAAGAUACUAAAGUGCGGGAGAUAGUCGGUAUUCUGGCAGAAUAUAAGUCGACUAUCGCAUUGCACCUUUCUACCGUGCAUACCCAGAUUACUACAAAACCCGAAGCAUCAUUGCCUAACAAAAAAUCUUACUUUGAUGUUCCUCAGUCGAGAGUUUCUAAUUUUGUUGGCCGAAAAGAUGUUUUGAAUCGAAUUCAAACAGCAUUAGAAGCUAGCCACAACGAUCCUUCAAUCGUCGUUCUUACUGGUGUGGGAGGCCAAGGGAAAACUCAGAUUGCUCUACAAUAUAGUCACCAGCACAUGAAAUUCUACAAAGGUGUAUUUUGGAUUGAUGCGUCAUCGCGGAAAUCCGCGUCUCGUGGAUUCGAGAGAAUUUUGAAGACAAUCGACAGUUCUGCAGUUCUCGUUGGUGGCGAGGAAAUCAUAUCAGUUGUGAAAAAUAUCUUGGGUGAUUGGAAGGAACCAUGGCUAUUGGUCUUUGAUAAUUAUGACGAUCCAAAAUCUUUCGGUGAUUUGCCAUUCUAUUUUCCAAACGCCGCUUGUAGAGAAAACGCCAUCAUUGUGACAAGCCGUCACAUAUCAAGCGGCAGACUUGGCAGUCACCUGAAGCUAGAUGGACUGACCGAGGAGGAAAGUGUACAGUUAUUGACAUCCAGAUGCACUUCAGUCUCAAAGUCUGAGGAUGAUUUAAAUCAGGGAAGAGAUAUAGUAAAGAAAUUAGGAUACCUCCCGCUUGCUAUUGAUCAAGCAGCAGGUUACAUCUCAAUUCGCCAUCUUCCGCUUCACAUGUUUUCAGACCACUUUCAGCGGCGAAAGGAAUUCAUACUCAAAGAUACUCCGCAGUCUUUGUGGGAAUACCAAAAACGUAGCUUGGGUGAUUCACAACAAACUUCCGAGCAUUUAUCAGUUCUUACCACUUGGGAGCUGUCUUUUGACCAGAUCUCCGGCAAUGAUGAGGAGAGAAAUCGAAUUGGCGAAUUCUUGGCCCAAGCUGCAUACUUCAGCCCAAUGAGUAUCAGUGAAUCACUGUUCAAAAAUACCGAUAUCUACAAUGACAAGUCUCCAGGAUGGAAGCCUCUUUUCUCUACCCAGGGGUCUUGGGACUCUUUCAAGUUCCAAGACGUUAUUGUCGGCCUUGUAAAUCUUUCAAUUAUUCAAAAUAUGGAGAUCACGAGCGAUGAGGUUCGAUUCUCUUUCCACCCAUUAGUAAAGGAUUGGUUGCAGCUUAGAGAAUCUGUAGAGAGACGCCGGGCGUGUGUGAGCCUUGCGAUCGCAUUAACAGCAUCUGUUAUUCAGGAAACGGACAUAGAACUGCUUUCCCUGCAUAAACGACAAGAGCUGCUAUCACAUAUCGAUGCCUGUAUCGAGAACAAAUUAUCUUUUUUGACUGAUGAGCAGAGCAUUAUAGAAUACGGAGGCGUCAUCGAAGGAUUUCAAACCACUUUUGCUACAUUUUAUGGGCAGCAUGAUAGAAACAAUGAUGCAGAACGUCUGUUCAUGCAUUCGCUUGACAUGCAAAUUUCACUGUUGGGAACAAACAACGUUGCGACUCUUAGUACUAUGAAUAACCUCGCGGCUAUGUAUCUCGAUUUGAGAAGGUUGGAAGAAGCUCGGCCUCUACUUCAUCAAGCAUUAGAAAUCAAGCAUACUAUGCUUGGUCCGCAUCAUCCACGGACGCUCAACACAGCCAACAACCUUGCAAACCUCCUUGUUUUACAAUUGCACUUUGAUGCUGCGACAGAAAUUUACGAAAGAACCUUGAUAGGGUAUCAAAACCUUAACGGUCCCGUCCAUAAGACUGUGAUAGAGUCACUAAAUAAUUUGGGUGAGGUUGCUAUGAAAAGAGGGAACUUCUUGGAAGCGGAAAAAUUGUUCAAAGAGGGACUCAAAAAACUGGAAAUACCGGGCAGUGGAGGAGAGGAUGGCUUAGCGCUAUAUCUGAAGGCAAAUAUAGCUUUAGUCUACAAGCUUCAGCAUCGACACCAAGAAGCGGAACAAUACUAUCAUACCAUAAUUCAGAAGCGAAAAGCCCUUCUCGGGCCCAAGCACUCCUCCACAUUGCAAUCUAUGUGCGAGUUGGGGGAUGUCUACUUUGCAUUGGGUCAACUGAAGCUUGCCGGCGAAUGGUAUAUUCACGGUUGUGCUAGUAAAGGGCGCGUUAUUGCAGGAACAACGUCUUACCGCAACCCCAAAGAAGAAGUCGAUAACUUGCGUUUAAGGUUUGAGCUAUUAACAACUCUGAACGAUCAAGGAAUACCAGACAAAUCGCUUGAUACUGAAGUCGCUUGUAUCGAUCGUCGAGGACCUAGCAUUUUAGAUGACUCUAUAGAGAGGUCGGAACCGAACAUGCCAAACGAUCCUGGAAUACAUGUGCCGCAAGGAAAUACUUCGUAUCACCCCGGGCUGGGAAUUCCAAAACCGGACAGGACUCAAUUCUUCGCUCCAUUGGAUCGUGGCGGAAUCCCUAUCAUGCAACAGGCACCAUCGAAUAACGCUUUCUCUGCAUCCAUUAAGCCGUCGGUUCAUACACAAGAACUCAAAUGGAAUGAGAUGAAUACGCCUUCAAAUUGUAGUUCGCUCUCAACGCCUGAUGAUGUCGUAAAUAUAGCAUCUUUCAAUUCUAUUCCAGCUCUAGAAUCGACCGACCAUCUGGGUUCAAAGGUGGAUCGUACAGGAAGGGCAUCGAGAAACAAGCAGCUUGCUACAGAACGUCUAAGCUCGGUUUUCUCGAUCUUGGGAGCGCACCCGUCUCCAAUAAGAAAAACAACCCCGGAUAGAGAUCAAAGAGGAAGGCAACAUCAAUGCCGUGCUUGGCCUGAAGAAAAAUGUCUUUUAAAUGUAAGUCAAUUCAAUGCAGAGCAUAAUUGUGCAGUUCUAACGAUUCUGCCAUCGAUUACUAGCGCGCAGACUGAUUGUCUAAGAAACAUCGGUCUCAAUUGUAGACUUAGGGGAUAG